AUGUAUUUCUCCAAGGCUCUCCUCGCUUCCACCCUCGCUCUCGCAGCCACCGCUGCCCCUGCUCCCUCGAGCACCACCAGCUCCGCCCCCAGCAGCUCCAGCUCCGGCUCUUCUGGCGGCGGCGGCGGCGGCGGCGUCACCAUCAUCAACAACCUCUCCGAGGAGGUGCAGAUCCAAAACACUGCCUCCACAACGGGCAACGGCGGAUCGAAGAGCCUCAGCUCGGGUGGUGACAGCACAACCGAGACGAUGCAGACCACCUCCGACGGCAGCGGCAUUUCCAUCAAGAUGUCCACCGGCGGGUCCGAGAAGUCGGUCCUCCAGUUCGAGUACACCAGCGAAGGCGACAAGGUCUUCUGGGACUUCUCCAGCAUCGACCUCGACGAGAACUCGGCCUUCAUCAAGGGCGGCUUCUCCGCCCAGCCUGACGGCGGCGGCUGCUCCGGUAUCUCCUGCGAGGCCGGUGACACCAACUGUUCCCAGUCGUACCAGAACCCGGACGACAAGAACACCAACUCUUGCCCCGGUGGCACCUCUUUCACUGUUACCUUGGGUUAA